CAACAAUAGCAAUAACAACAGCAACAACAACAGCCAGGGGGAAACCGCAACGGCAUAAAGAGUGAGCGAGCUACUCCUCCUGUGGCCCUAAACGUCUGUCGUUAGGUGUAACGAGUCAACAUGCAAAUUGCCUGCGCCGGACCCACAGCCGAUCCCCAUCCAAAAAAGAACCAGCACCAAGACCAGAACCAGCAUCCGCAUCUGCAGAAGCAGAAGCAGAAGCAGAACCAGCAGCAGGAGGACCCGCAGCAAAAGCACAAUAAAAAUUGCCUAUAAAUGGCCGGAAGAGCUGAAGGAAGGGGAAAAGGAAGGCAGGGCGGUCGUUCGCUGGAUAUGGAGGCCAUGGAUAUACGCACAAGGACAACAGCAGGAGCAGAAGAAGCAGCAGCAGCAGCAUCGACAGUAGAAGCAGAACCCCACAGUAUUGAGGGAGGAGAAGACCAACAGUACAACAAAGCCAACAAACUUCCGCAUAGGAUGCGCCGGAACGGAAGUUAUUUUGGCCGCCUGAACGUGAGCGUGUUCCUCAUCUACUUGUGGUGCUAUCUGCUGCUGAUAAUGGCCGCAUCUGGUGGCAGCAACAAUGUGGUAAAUGGUCUCAAAUGCUACUGCAAUCCGAAGGAAUGCGAUGUAAUACGCUCGCUCGACUGCCCCGGCAAGGGACUGAUGCUCUGGGAUCCGUGCAAAUGUUGUCGCAUCUGUGCCAAGACCUUGGGCGAAUCCUGCGGCGGUCCCGGCGGUUUUUCCGGCCAAUGUGAGCCGCCCCUGCAGUGUGUGACCAAGCUGCCCAUUAGCAGCGGUCUGGGCGUGUGCAUGGAUUUGCAACAUCUGACCGCAUUGACCUCUUCGCAUGACAACUGUACCGAGGGGGAGUCGAUUGUCUUGCAGCCGGGCUGCGAGAUCACCAACAAGCGCUGCCAGUGCUGGCCCAUCAUGCGCACCUGUCUCAGCGAGCUGUCCAGCGAUGGUGCAUCCCCCAAUGAUUCACGUUGGCACUUCAAGAACAUGGAGGACUGCCAGUUAAACUUGCAAAAUCUCAUUAAAAUCGAAUUGGAAUUCGAUGGAGACUACAAAAUCUCACCGAGCAAAUUCACGUACAAAAAGCUCCGCAGAAAGCGAAAAUCUUUAAGGAAACGCAUCAUCAUCUUGGACGAUUGAGAGCCACAUUCAGAGCCAUAUGUAACGUCCUCUACUCUCUCAAUGUUCUCCAAAAACUUAACAGAAACCAAACAAAAGAUCUUGUACAGAUAGUAUGCUUACUUCUAAAUGAUAAUAUGGCUAUUAUAAAUACCAAUACAUAUGCAUACGUACAUAAAUACCUAUACAUAUACAAAAGGGGAAACGCAUACAUCUAAAGAAUAAAAUAAAGCAAUUGUAUGUGUAUCGUAUCCUAAGACAUUUGUUACUUUAUUGCGCGCAAUUUUUCCUCAAGAACCCGCCCCACAAAA